UCCCGACUCCCGCAUGGUUUGUGGAGUGCGAUGUCUGCUUCAACCGUUUGUACAGGCGUCGCUCCCUUCACGUGCUUAUUUUGACGUUCACAAGUGUAAGUAUUUUGUCUGACCGCGUUCAGAAUGUCGUUCUUCAUCAGGAACUCGAAAGGGAACGCUUCAGUUACACAACAACGCUCCAAAGACAGGAAAAAGCGGAAAGGAACGCAGCCAUCUAACAGAAACGAUGCCAAGAAAGCGGCCGGUGAUCGAGGCGCCAAGGCCAAUUCAAAAGCUUCCGAAGAAAUCCUGUCCAGCGAGUCGGAUAUUGAAGACCGUGUUGUUCCCGGAACCCACUUUUCCGACGACGAUGAGGAGCUGGAGACUGAGCAAGAAAAAAAGCUAAGGCUCGCGAAGAAGUACCUUGCUGAAAUAGAGAAACAAGAGAAGGAGAGGCUCGAAGUCGAAGAACUCGACCGGUCGGUUCUCUCUCAUCGCUUACGUAACGAGCUGCUCGAGCAGAGUGGGCAACUGCAGAAGAAAGUUGCUGACAAGGUUGAGGGCGUGUAUGACAGCGACAUCAAGAUUUUGAGGGGCCACAAGUUGUCAGUGACCUGCGUGACCAUUUCCCACGACGAAAAGCACAUCUUUAGUGGCUCCAAGGACUGCUCCAUCAUCAAGUGGUGCACCAGGACGGGAGCCAAACUUCACCAGGUGCCCGGUGCCAAGAAAGCUGCCACAUCGGAUCAGGAGAUACCGUUGGCACAUACCGGUCAUGUGCUGGCACUGGCAGUUUCCUCGGAUGGUUCUUUCCUGGCAUCAGGCUGCCAGAACAAGGUGGUCUUCAUCUGGGACCCAGCAACCAUGAACCGCCUUCAUACCUUCCAAGGCCACAGAGGUUCCGUCACGGGACUGGCGUUUCGUCUGGGAUCCCACCAGCUGUUCAGCUGCUCAACUGACCGUUCGGUGAAGAUCUGGAACUUGGAUGAGAUGGCCUACGUCGAGACCCUGUUUGGACAUCAGGACGCGGUGACGGGUAUCGACAGCUACACUCGAGAGCGAGCCGUCACUUCUGGGGGUCGUGACAACACGCUGCGCAUCUGGAAGGUCGUCGAAGAGUCACAGUUGGUGUAUCAGAGCCACAGCUGCUCUGUGGACUGUGUGAGCAUGAUCAACGAGCAACACUUCAUUUCUGGUGCUGACGAUGGGUCCCUGUGCCUGUGGACGGCAAUGAAGAAGAAGCCGACCUGCACUGUUCACCAGGCCCACGGUGCUCGCGACGGGUCUCCGUUGUGGCUCACUGCUCUGGCUGCACUCCGCUGCACCGACCUAGUUGCCUCGGGAUCUUCCAAUGGAGAAGUGAAGUUGUGGAGUUGCGGUGAUGACUGCAAGAGGCUGACUGAAGUCAUCUCGAUUCCUCUGGAGGGCUUUGUGAACGAGCUUGUGUUCAGCAACUCUGGACAACUGCUGGUUGCGGCGGUUGGUCAGGAGCACAGGCUGGGACGCUGGUGGAACCUGAGGAAAGCCAAGAACUGUGUCGCCAUCCUACCUCUCAAGAUUUCCGACCGACCAGUAGCAGCCCUGGCAGAUGCCUCUGCUAAGCCUGUCCUCAAAGGAAAACUCUUGACCACGUUGUCGAUCACCAAGAGAUCCGGGACCGACGCCAAGCAGGGAGGCUGCUGAGGUUAAAUCCCGUCGUCUGGAGGGCCGUCUGCUUCGACCAGUCUGCCGACGUCUCCUCGCACCGAAGAGCCAUAGACAUGAAGUGGCGAUAGAAGCAGAUUGCAAGCCUUUCAUCAACAACAGAAGUCGGCGUGGAAGUGGCAGCCUUCCGGCGAUGGGGAAAAAACCGUGUUUUGUCGGGCAUCACUGCGCAGCUUCUCGCACUUGCGAGACAAAUGACGGCUGUGCCGCGAAACAAAGAAUUUGGGAGCGGCCGGUUCGAUGUUGCUGCAGCAGUCGUUCCCUCAAGCUCAAUCGCAAGAUUGCUUGUUUUUUUAAACUGUGCAGAGCUUGUUUCUUUGUAGUGUUAUGCGCUUUGCAAUAAAUAUUUAUUGAGCUCUUA